UACCAAAAGAAAUCUGACUAUAAAGGAUUUGGUAAGAUCAUUAGCCAACAUAUGUACAUUUAGUUACAUGAGAUUAUUCUGGAGGAAAAAAAAACUAGCAAGUGUCACCAAUCUCUUCAGUCAUUAUGAUGUCUUUAUUUUGAUUGUGCCUACAAACUCACAUAGACAAGAGGCCUAUGCAUUUAAACUAUAAACCUACUCUUAGAUUCCUUCUCUUCAAUCACAGAAAAAAAGAAAUCCAUGAGUAAAACUUUAUGGAUAUGUAUUAGUGCAUUUUCUGUUGCUGUAGUAAAACAUAAUGCCUAAGUCAACUUAUGAAAGAAUUUAAUUGGCCCUUGGUUCCUGAGAGAUACUGGAUCACAAUGAAAGUGGCAUGGCAACAAGUGUCAGACAGGGCAGCUAAAGCAAGAAGCUAAGAACUUACAUACUCAACCUGCACCAUGAAGCAGACAGUAGGAACUGGAAAUGGUGUAUGUAUGAAAACUCUCAGGCUCUCCCCUAGUGACAUAUUUUAUAAACAUGGCAGCAUUUUGUAAAUCUUCUGAAAUGAUACCAGCAACUGAGAAGGAUUGUUUUCUCUGACUUCAAGCCUACAUUCUAGCUUUCUGUUACAUGAACCACUUCACAAUGAAGAAAAUCUGGAAAUGAUAAAUCCUGUAACUUAUAAGGGGAAGUAAAAUGUGAUCUCACAGGCAAAGUCUACUGACAUCUGUUUAAAUAUGCAAACACUGAAAAAAACAAGAUUUCCUUCCUGUUUCCGUGAAGACAAUGAAAACAGCUGGGUUAUUAUUGAGAACAUCCGAGAGAACUCCACAGACCAAUGAGUAGAACCAAUAAGAACAUAAUCUUGGCCAUUUUAACACUGAAAAGUUCUGCAUUUCUGCUGUUUCAGGUAUACUACUACAAGCACUGUUUGUCACCAAAGGAUGGCUGGUUUCAGAUAGCUGAGAAUAUGGGAUUUCAGUGCUUAAAGAUUGAAAGCAAAGAUCCUCGGCUAGAUGGAAUCGACUCACUUUCUGGAACUGAAAUCCCUCUGCACUAUGUCUGUAAGCUGGCCACUCACGCCAUCCACGUGGUGUUCUUUCAUGAGAGGAGCGGCAACUACCUCUGGCAUGGUCACCUGCGACUCCAAGGACACAUGGACAGAAAGGUUGUUCCUUUUCGAAAGUUACAGUUCGGUCGUUAUCCUGGAGCUUUUGACAGGCCAGAGUUACAGUAGGUUACUGGAGGACUAGAUGAGCUUGUUCCAAAAGACCCAGGACACUUUCUAGAAGAAGUACCACACUCCAGAUUUAUUGAGUGCAGGUAUAAAGAAGCUCGGGCAUUCCUUCAGCAGUACCUUGAGGAUAACACUGUGGAUGCUCUGGCCUUUUGGAAGAGGGCAAAGGAAUUACUGCAACUAGCAGCCAAAACAUUACAGGAAUUGGGAGUGCGCUUCUGGCUGAGCAGUGGAACUUGUCUAGGAUGGUAUUGGCAGUGCAGUAUUAUUCCUUAUAGCAAAGAUGUCGAUCUAGGAAUUUUUAUACAAGAUUACAAACCUGAUAUUAUUUUGGCAUUUCAGAAUGCUGGACUUCCACUACAACACAAGUUUGGGAAGGUGGAAGACAGCUUGGAACUAUCCUUCCAGGGAAAAGAUGACGUAAAGCUCGACAUUUUUUUCUUUUAUGAAGAGACUGACCAUAUGUGGAAUGGAGGCACACAGGCCAAAACAGGAAAAAAGUUUAAGUACCUGUUCCCCAAGUUCACACUGUGCUGGACUGAAUUUGUAGACAUGAAAGUCCAUGUGCCCUGUGAAACAGUUGACUACGUUGAAGCCAACUAUGGUAAGACCUGGACGAUUCCUGUUAAGACAUGGGACUGGAAGACCUCGCCCCCAAAUGUGCAGCCCAAUGGGAUCUGGCCUAUUUCUGAGUGGGAUAAGGUUAUCCAGCUGUACUGAGAAUACAAAGUUAAGGAGGGACAUUUCCCAAGAAGAAGGCGGGUAACUGUUUAAAACAUGUGAGAGCCCAGAAGAUAAAGAAAAUGUUUGAAGACAAAAAUGUUCUACCUCGUGGGCCAUCUAAUUAGCUCUGCCAUUCAGCAUUUACUGAGGCAUUUAUA